AUGAUCCAUCCUCUCCCCAACACGGCCCUCGCCCUCGUCGUCGUCCUCGUUCUCGCCCUUGCCGGCCCGACGACGGCAGUCACCCGGCUGGUUGCAACCACGGGCAGCGACAGCGGGGACUGCUCAGUGAGCCCGUGCCUCACGCUCACGUAUGCCAACGGACAGGCGCUGGCGGCAGACACUAUUCUUCUUGCGCCUGGUACCUAUGUCAUGCCGCCGCCACCGCCCGCACAGCCGUCGGUGAUGGUUGCCGUCGCAGACCUCACCAUCACAGCCGCCCUCCCGGCCACCGUCACGCUGCAAUCGGUGGCUGCGCCGGCGACCUCGACUCCGAUCAUCGGCGUCUCGGGCGCGGCAGUGACCGGCGUCACUCUCUCCAAUCUCGAUUUUGCUGUCCGGGCCGGCCCGUUUGUCACCGGCGGCGGCGUGCAGAUCAAGGACUCGGCUUCGGUUGCGGUGAUCAACUGUCGGUUCCGGAUGAUCUCGACCGACGCGCCGGACAUUUCGAACUGUGUCAAGUUUGGUGUCGGCGUGGCCGUUACCACCGCCACUGCCGUUGUCCGCGAUUGCACGUUCAACCAGCUCUCGUGCUGCUCGACCGGUGGCGGGGUCUUUGCUGAUGCCGGCGCCGAUGUGGAGGUCCACACCUCUACGUUUAUCAGCAACGCCGUCGUGGGUGCGUCUGGUGCCGGCGGUGCCGGCGUGUACUUUGGCUCAACUGUUUCAUCGCUUGUCACCGCUAUGGUCGUCGCCAACUGCACCUUUACAAGUAACAGCGUGCCGUUUCGCAAUGGUGGUGGCAUCCACGGCGCUGGCUUUGCUACCGGUACCAUCUACGGCUCACAGUUAACCAGCAACCAGGCCCGCAACGGCGGUGGCAUCUACACACUUGGCGCAGCCGUCACUGCAUACGAUUUGGUGCUGAGCAGCAACACAGCAUCGGCUGAGGGCGGCGGCUAUGCGCUUGGCAUUGGCUCGUCUCUCGACAUUGCAACGUCAACCAUUUCCGCGUCUGUGUCGCAAAAUGGCGGCGGUUUGUACUCGAAAGACGCCGCCUCUAUAUCUGGCCGCGAUCUCAUCUUUCGCGACAACGAGUCGCAGUUUGGUGCGGGCGCCUCGCUCCUCGACGGCACGGGCCAGUUCACCUUUACUAAUUGUCGGUUCGAGUCGAAUCGCGCGCUGGACCGUGGCGGCGGGAUGCUGGUCCGCGCACAGCACACAGCGGUGACUGACUCGGUCUUUGUCGACAAUCGCGGCACGUCUGCCGGUGGGGCUAUCGACAUCCAGCAGACCUCGCAAGUCGAGAUGGCAGGUUUGACCAUGGCUGUGAAUAUCGCCGACGUCGGUGCCGCCGUCUACACCUCGGGCAGCUCAGUGCUCAACGUGACCGACUCGGUCUUUCAGCUUGGCACAGCCUCGAUCGGCGGCGGCAUGUACAUGGCGCAGCAGUCAGUCUCACGCCUCGAGCGCUGCGUCCUACGCGACAACCGUGGCCUCUCCACAGGCGGCUCGAUGUACGCUGCCGACACGGCGCAGAUUGAGAUGGACAACGUCGACAUGCUCCUCUCAACAACUCCGUACGGCGGCGGGUGUGCGUUUUUCGAGCGGAACGCGGUCAUUGUCAUGCGCAACUCGCGCAUGUCCAACUGCUCGUCGCCAUCGGGCGAGGGCGGCGCGCUCUUUGCUCGCCAGAACGUUCGCCUCACACUGGCGUCGAUGGUGUUUGAGGAUAAUUUGACCGGAGCACUCGGUGGCGCGGUAUUUCUCUCUGGCGAGGUCAUCGCGUCGUUAACCAACUCCACGUUCCGCGGCAACGAGGCCAAGGGCGACGGCGGCGCGCUGUACAUGGAGCGGGACGUUGUGCUAGUUGCCGAUGAUCUGCUUGUGGAGAAGAACUACUCGCCCAAGUCGGGUGGAGUGUCGGUCAACGGUGAGUCUCGCAUCGAGGCUUCGCGCCUUGUCGUCCGUCAGCACACGCUCUCGUCCAAGUCUUCGGAAGCCCCCAUCACCAAUGGCGGCGGCAUCGGAUGCUCUGGCACCGCCACCGGCGCCAUUUCCGACUCGCUUUUCGAGGGCAACACGGUGGCCGGCUCUGGCGCUGCACUCUACACCUCGUCAUGCGUGUUCAACCUCACUGACGUCACUGUCCGCAACAACGACGCGCUGCUGUUUGGUGGCGGCGUGCACUUGCAGCACGAAUCGACGAUUGUGGGCGGCUCGUUUGAGGACAACUCGGCGCGCUGGGGCGGUGGCGUGUACAUGCUUACCGACGACGCGGCGACGCGACCGUCAGCGGCGCUUGUGGGUGUGGUCUUUGCCCGAAAUGACGCCCGCGGUGCGGGCGGUGGCCUCUACUGGGAGGGCGUGCAGCCCAUUCACGACCCUGCGUGCGCGGGGUGUACCUUCUCAGCCAACUUGGCGGGCGGGUACGGGCCGGACGAGGCGACGGCAGCCUCGCGCAUCAUCAUUCUCUCGCGGCCGCCGGACGAGUUGGUGGCCUUUGUCGGCUCGCCGCCGCUCUCGAUCGAAGCCUCGCUCUCAUUCGACGUCAGAGUCCAAGUCGUCGACUACUACAACGAGACGUUUCAGUUUUCCGACCCGACCGCACGGCGCGAGAUGAACGCCGAAGUUGGCGCCGAAGCCAUCCCGGUCGGCAGCGAGAACGCAACGGUCAUUGGCUCCAACCUGGUGACCAUUGUGGAUGGCUUUGCCGAGUUUACCGGCCUCUUUCUGCGUGGUACCCGGACCCGCAUCCCCUACAACCUGGUGAUGACAACGACGCCUGCCUCGGGCGUUACCAAGUGGGAGGUGGUGCUCGAGCAGUGUGAAGCCGGCUUUGCCGAGGUUGCGCACCCGGUCUUUCUCUUUGAGUGCAUCGAGUGCCCGUCGGGCCAGUUUGAUCUUGUGCGGUCAACGUUCUGCUCCAAUUGCCCCGAGGGCGCCAUCUGCGAGGGUCUCACUCGCAUCUACGCGCUGGAGGAUUGGUGGUGGGACGAGACGUCGCCAGACUCCAAGCCGCGCCUGUACUACUGCAUUCCCAACCGGUGCUGCCCGGUCUCGCAGCCGGGCAAUCGGUGCCAGCGCUCGCGACCGUGCGCCGAUGGGUGGAACCAGACGUCGACGCUCUGCUCGCGGUGCGAGGACGGCAAGUACGAGUGGAACAACGAGUGCAUUCCGUGCGACGGCACAGAGAGCUGGCGGUUCUUCCUCGUCUUUGUCAUUUGCUGCGCCUUUGUCGCGCUUCUCUUUGGCUUUGGCUCCAAGCUGGGUGGCGAGAUGCGGAUCUUUAUCUUUUCCUCCAGGCCGCGUCGCUGGUAG